AUGAAGUCUCUCUCCCCCCUCACCUCCCCCAUGAAGUCUCUCUCCCCCCUCACCUCCCUCAUGAAGGCUCUCUCCAGCCUCACCUCCCUCAUGAAGUCUCUCUUCCCCCUCACCUCCCUCAUGAAGUCUGUCUCCCGCCUCACCUCCCUCAUGAAGUCUCUCUCCCCCCUCACCUCCCUCAUGAAGUCUCUCUCCCCCCUCACCUCCCUCAUGAAGUCUCUCUCCCGCCUCACCUCCCUCAUGAAGUCUCCCUCCCGCCUCACCUCCCUCAUGAAGUCCCCCCCUCACCUCCCUCAUGAAGUCUCUCUCCAGCCUCACCUCCCUCAUGAAGUCCCCCCCCUCACCUCCCUCAUGAAGUCUCUCUCCCGCCUCACCUCCCUCAUGAAGUCUCUCUCCAGCCUCACCUCCCUCAUGAAGUCUCUCUCCAGCCUCACCUCCCUCAUGAACUCCCCCCCUCAUCUCCCUCAUCAGGUAUCUCUCCCGCCUCACCUCCCUCAUGAAGUCUCUCCCCCCUCACCUCACUCAUGA